AUGAAAUCGUUGUGUUUGUUAAAUUUCCGUCGCCUUUUCUCCUCUCUUGUACGACAAAAUUUCGCCAAAGAAUGUGAAGAUGCUCUAAAUAAACAAAUCAAUUUGGAAUUGAAUGCCUUUUAUAGAUAUUUGGCAAUGGCCUUUCACUUCAAUCGCUGUGAUGUAGCAGCACCGGGAGCAUAUCGUUUUUUCAAAACAGCCAGUGAUGAAGAACACCAACAUGCGGUGGCAAUUAUUGAGUAUAUGAAUAAAAGAGGUGGUCAUAUAAAAUUAGCGCCAAUUGAUAGUCCGAAACAAGAUUAUGAAUCGAUUAAAGAAGCUAUGCUGGAAGCAUUGAAUAUGGAAAAGGUGGUUAAUGAGGCCCUUCUGGACGCCCAUGCCAUUGCAUCGAAACACAAUGAUCCAAAUAUGUGUGAUUUUUUGGAAUCGAAGUUUUUACAAGAACAAGUGGAUGGCAUAAAACAACUCGCCGAUUAUAUUACACAAAUUGAGACGUCCGAAUGUGAGCUAAGUAAUUACCUGUUCGACAAAUAUCUGCUAAAUGAUAGCCGAUCUAUGCACAAGAAAUAA